AGUUUAUUUGGGCGAGGUUUGCUUAUUAUUACGAGCUUCUAACGCGUUAUUAAAAGUCUUGUGGUGUAGCUGUUGGGAAUAAGCCCAGAUUAUUCUGUUCGAUUUCGAGGAUUUUCGCUAAAGAAUUUCAAGAUGCCGGAGGAUGUCGCCAUGGAUAAAGGCGGUGAAAUCGAGACCUUUGCCUUUCAAGCUGAAAUUGCUCAGCUCAUGAGUCUUAUCGUCAACACCUUCUACUCGAAUAAGGAAGUCUUCAUUCGGGAAUUGAUUUCUAACGCAUCCGACGCUUUGGACAAAAUUCGUUAUGAAUCUCUCACUGAUCCCUCUAAAUUGGACUCUGGCAAGGAGUUGUGCAUGACCAUUAUUCCCAACAAGAAUGACCGUACACUGACCUUUAGAGAUUAUGGUAUCGGUAUGACUAAGGCUGACAUGGUAAACAAUCUUGGAACCAUCGCUAAAUCUGGCACAAAGGCAUUUAUGGAGGCUCUGCAGGCCGGCGCUGACAUUUCAAUGAUUGGUCAAUUUGGUGUAGGUUUCUAUUCGGCUUACCUUGUUGCCGAUGUUGUAACGGUCAUCUCCAAGCAUAACGAUGACGAGCAAUACAUUUGGGAAUCUUCGGCUGGUGGCUCUUUCACCAUUUCCCAUGACAAAGGAGAACCGCUCGGCAGAGGAACUAAGAUUAUCUUGCACAUGAAGGAAGAUCAAGCCGAAUACUUACAAGAAUCGAGAAUUAAGGACAUAGUGAAGAAGCACUCCCAGUUCAUUGGCUAUCCCAUCAAAUUGGUUGUAGAGAAGGAGAGAGACAAGGAGCUCAGCGAAGAUGAGGAUGACGAGGAAAAGAAAGACGACGAGGAGAAGGACGAGGACAAGGACGAGGACAAGCCUAAAAUCGAGGAUGUGGGUGCCGAUGAAGAGAGCGAGGACAAGCCAAAGCCGGAAAAGAAGAAGAAGAAGACUAUCAAGGAGAAAUACACGGAUGAGGAGGAAUUGAACAAAAUGAAACCCAUUUGGACGAGGAAUCCUGAAGAGAUCACGGAAGAGGAGUACGGUGAAUUUUACAAAAGCUUAACAAACGAUUGGGAAGUUCACCUUGCUGUAAAGCACUUUUCGGUCGAAGGUCAACUUGAAUUCAGAACGCUUUUGUUCAUUCCCCGUCGCGCACCCUUCGAUCUCUUCGAAAGCAAGAAAAAGAAGAACAACAUCAAAUUGUAUGUCAGAAGAGUAUUCAUUAUGGACAACUGCGACGAGCUUAUUCCUGAAUAUUUGAACUUCAUCAGAGGAGUGGUAGACAGCGAGGAUCUGCCAUUGAACAUUUCUCGUGAGAUGUUGCAGCAAAACAAAAUUCUCAAAGUUAUUAGGAAGAAUCUAGUCAAGAAGUGCUUGGAGCUUUUCGAAGAAUUAGCCGAAGACAAAGAGAACUACAAGAAAUGCUACGAACAGUUUAGCAAAAAUCUGAAAUUGGGUAUUCACGAAGACAGCCAGAAUAGGAAAAAGCUUUCUGAACUACUGAGAUACCAUACUUCGGCAUCCGGUGACGAAAUGUGUUCGCUGAAGGAUUACGUUGAACGCAUGAAGGAAAAUCAAAAGCAUAUCUAUUACAUCACUGGUGAAAGCAAAGAGCAAGUAGCCAACAGUUCAUUCGUUGAGAGCGUAAAGAAGCGAGGAUUCGAAGUUAUCUACAUGAUCGAUCCAAUCGAUGAGUACGUUGUUCAGCAGCUGCGAGAAUUUGAUAACAAAACCUUGGUUUCGGUAACGAAGGAGGGACUCGAGCUGCCCGAAGAUGAAGCCGAGCAAAAGAAAAGGGAAGAGGACAAGGCUAAGUUUGAGAAUCUCUGCAAAGUCAUGAAGGACAUCCUAGAUAAGAAAGUAGAGAAGGUAGUGGUCUCCAACAGGUUGGUCGACUCACCGUGCUGUAUAGUCACUUCCCAAUAUGGUUGGACUGCGAACAUGGAAAGAAUCAUGAAGGCCCAGGCUCUACGCGACACGUCAACAAUGGGUUACAUGGCUGCCAAGAAACAUCUCGAGAUCAAUUCGGACCAUCCGAUUAUGGAGAAUCUUCGACAGAAGGCGGAGGCUGACAAGCAUGACAAAUCUGUCAAGGACUUGGUGAUGCUGCUGUUCGAGACGGCAUUGCUCUCGUCGGGCUUUGCCCUCGAGGACCCGCAAGUGCACGCAUCCAGAAUAUACAGAAUGAUCAAGUUAGGUCUUGGAUUCGACGACGAUGAAGUGAUCGUCGAGGAAGAGAAAGUAGAUAGUAAAGAGUUCCCAAUGGAGGAUGAUGUCGAAGAAGCUUCAAGGAUGGAGGAAGUCGAUUAAUACUUGACUGGAAUGAAAAUAUUUAAGAUCCAAAGACUUUUAAUUAGAAAUUUAGAAAGACUGUUCUUAAAUUACAAGAGUAUUAAGUUUUUAA